AUGGGGUAUCGUAUGGUGAAGGCCGGUGCUCCUUUUAAAGAUGCACGAUCAGUAACUGUUGCCGGAACCACCAAUGGGUUAGUCCUAUUAGUACUAUCUAGCGCUGAUAUGAUCUUAUAUAAUCCGUUGACUAGAGUGUUCAAAAAGGUUCCACCCCCACUUUAUAUCUACGAGAACUUAGCGUUUGGAUUCGGUCACGGUGCAACCCAAGACGAUUUAAAGAUUGUGAAACUCGGAGUUUACCACUGUGAUAUGUCAUUAUCUUGGGGCGUCUUCAGUGUUAAAAACAGAACAUGGAGCCCAAUGUCAGAAUCUAUCGGGCAUUAUGAGUUUUCUGAUUAUGGUAGCACGUUUUUAAACGGAUUUUUGUAUUGGCGUGUAUUAAAGGAUCACUCUAGUGCGUUGAUACUAGCUCUAGAUAUUAAAGAGAUGACGUUAUUGGAGAUAAAAGUUCCAGCUUAUACAAUGUUUGAUGAUACUACUAUGGGAACGAUAAAUGGAUAUCUUUGCUUGAUUUGUCCUAAAGGAGGUUCCUAUGACGAAUAUCAGUUAUUGGUAAUGAAGGACCAUGGUAUAUGGGAACCACGUUUAAAAGGAUGCUCGGCUUCAACACUUUCAAGGAUGAAUUGUGACGCAUUCCGCGCAAUGUGUAUUCUGAAUGUGGGAAAGUUAUUAUUAAGAAUCGUGACGAGAACACAUUUCUGA